AGAAUACAAGCGGCUGGAAGUCAAGUUCCACACGCGUUCACUGACAGACUCAACAAUAAACGAUCGUUAUGCCGCCACUAGUAGAAUUUGCCGCGCUGAAUACAUUUCAAACAAAAUAAAUCGCAAUCUAUCGGUUGUUAUGACGACGCGUUCAAAUAACAUUACUGCAGUUUUGUAAAAAAAUUGUUCGCGAAAUGACUGUAAGAAAGUGGUCUUGAUUUGAAUAAUUUAUCGCGAAAGUGCUAAAAGUUUUUUUUCGACAUGUAUAUUUUAGUGAUUCUUGUUGUCUUUCUGACAGUUACGAGGGCGACUGGACAAACUAUUAAAACAAGUUAUGUAUGUCCCACAGGAUUUCAUUCAAUAAAACGAAACUGUUAUUAUUUCGGAAAUGAACAAGUCACGUGGACAAACGCUCGAUUUCAGUGCGAAGCUUCAAACAGUACUUUACUAGUAUUCGACUCCUUGAAAGAAGAAAAUCUUCUCAAAGGAUUUAUCAUUCAAGAUAAUAAUCGAACAAUUAGUCUCUCUGAAAAAUGGAUUGACGGUAUCUAUGACUGGAAACAAAAAAUGUGGAAAUGGGGUCUUACUGGAAACUUUAUUAAACAAAAUGCUUUCACCAAAGUUAAGAAGGGAGAUAACUUCAAAUGGAGUUGUAUUGCUCUCAACAGCGCUAAAAACAAUAAGUGGGUAGCUCGAAGAUGUACAGAAAAAAAGUCCUACAUAUGUAAAACGCAAACGAAUAUAUUCGUGGAAUUCAAAUUAUACAAUAAACGGAAGAAAAACUUCAAUAUAACUAAAUGCAACAGUCACUUGCCGUUGGAUAAUUUUGAAAAAAGAAGAUGUAAUAGAUUACUUGGUAGAUCUAAUGACGAACCAUCAGAAAUGAUCAGGAAAAACAGCACGAAACCUCACUCACGAAAACAUAGAUUCGAUGGUUGGAUUUGUCCAUCCCAUAUGAUAAGUUUAGCAAAUCGAUGUUAUUUAUUCAGUACGAAAGAAACUACUUGGACAGAUGCCCAUUUCGAAUGUAAAAGGAAUCGAAGUAAAUUAGCUAUUAUCAGAAAUAGAAAUCAAGAUCGUAAUCUAAGGAUGUUCGCCAAUAAUUUUAUAGAAGAAAACUUCCCUUCAAGCUUCAGCAGCCUUCGCAAUGACAAUAAACGUCACGAAAGAUGGAUUGGCGGAAUUUAUAACUGGAAAUCUUCAAAAUGGAUCUGGGCCGUAUCUGGUCAGUCGAUAUCCUAUAACGGUUUCAAUAUUCAAGCCAUGCAAAACCGAACAACCGACAGUUUGAAAUGGAACGGCAUAUUUUUGGAUCCUGCAUAUGAUAAUCAAUGGAACGCUGCCAAACUAACAGAGAAGAAAAAAUUCAUCUGUCAAGUUCAAGCCAAAGGUGUUAAGAAUAUUGGUCGACGAAAAAAGAAAUUAGCGGACGCAACCAUCACUAUCUUGAAAAAUAAAAAAUGAGAAAUUUGUUAGAAAAUUGUACGUCAAAAUUAAGGCGCAUAACUGAAACAUUUCUUCAAUAAAAUUGUUAUAGAUCAAAAAAUAGGAACUUAAUUAAUCGUCAUUAGUUAGCACUUCAAUAAUUUAAAUAUUUGACAUCUUUGGAUACUAGAAAAAGCAAGCUCGUCUGGUCUUACGGACUUCGUACGCAAUGAUUACGAUAACAAAAUUUUCUAGAAAGUAAUAUAUAAUUUUAGUGCUACUAACAUUCAAAAUUUUUAUUCUAAUGACUGACAUUCGAAAAACAGUAUAGUACAAUGCAAUAAUAAAAAUAUAACUUCUACGAGGUGUGGUUAUUAAAUAACGAGACGGAUCAUAUAAAACAUUUUGUUUUGAUGUUAGGUUAAUUUAUUUAUUAUAACUUUCAAUAUAUAGAUUGUCCCACGACGAGUUAAAACUAUCUGUAUAUGGCAAAAUACUUAUAAUAAAAUCAUGAAAAUUUCUACGUAUGUGUUUUCGGAUACGAUCUUUUUAAAUAAAAUAUUUUCAAAGAUAUCCGGCUACUGUAACUUUGUUAUUUUAAAUAGAACACCAAUAUUAAUAAAUUUUUGAAAUCUAUGUCAAAUUUUAGUAUACUUUUAUAAGAAAACUUUAUCCGAAAAAUGCAUGCUUUUUGAGUUAUUAUUUUUUUUGUAAAAAAUUUGACCAUUGAAGACCCUUAUAAAUUAUUUUUUUACGGGGAUACCCUUAGAGAUAUGAAAAUGGUUUCUAUUCGGUUGCUUUAAGCAAAGUCAGACGUAUUAGAAUAUUUGUGAAGUUAAACUUUGAACACUUUUUAUACACACCCUGUACAGAUUGAAAAAUGUUCAACAUAGAUUCAAACACCUCUGACCUUGCUAAUAGUAACCGAAUAGAAAUCAUUUUCAUAUCUUCAAGGGUAUCCUCAUAAAAAAUAAUUUAGGGUCUACAAGGUUAAACUUUUUUAGAAAAAAAUUAAUAACUCAAAUAUUAUACCUUUUCAGAAAAAAGUUUUUAGACAAAAGUAUACUAAAAUUUUACUUAAAUCUCAAAAAUGUAUCAAUAUAUAGAGUGUUCUAUUUAAAAUAACAAAGUUACAGUUUACUUCCAGUAGAACCGGAAGUUGGCCUUCUUUGAAAAUACUAUAGUUUUCAUUCGUCGUGGGACACCCUGUAUACACCUCCUCCAUUUUUACAUCGCUCAACGCGAAUCUUUCAUUGUUAGAAAAAGUGCCGAAAAUCUUAAUCUGUCAGUUCCUCCAGGAGGCGUAUCGCUUUUCUAUCACAGCUUCUGCAGACUCAACCUUGUUUCUCUUAGACAAUUUUCGCAUGUUUAUAUUUUCAUGCAUAAUUUGCUGCACAGAUUCUUUGACAAUUCCUAUAAAUUCAGCAAUUUAACAAAUACUUAGCUGACGGUCAUAUCGAAAAAUAUUAGCGACUUUCUCAGUAUUUUCAUCCGUGAUUUAUUUUCACACAUCUAUUCGACCAUCUUCGAAACUCUUAAACCACUAGAGAAUACGUGUACACGACAAAUAUUCACUGCCAUACACUUAUUCCAAUAAAUUAUAAGUUUUAGUUGCAGUUUUUCAAAGUUUCAUGUGAAAUUUCAUAACAAUACGUUGAUUUAUUUUUAGAAAUAUAUAAACGAGGACUACGGCUACACUGGUUUAUACAUAGAGAUGGUAGACAUCGCUUUAGAAAGAGUAGUCUUUGGGCUAAACAAUAGACAGUCAAAUAACUUAGAAUUUCUGGAACCCUUAGUGAUAUUUAUAAUGAAUUGUAUACACCAACAAUCACAAUUACAAUGUCUGACGCGAAGGUAAAUUGUUUACCUUCAGUCGCUUAAGAUGAUAACUUGGUUAUCGAAACGCACUGCAGACAGUGUAAUUGUGAGUGUUGGUGUAGUGGUAGCAGUAAACAGUGUGUCAAAUUUGGCGUAUGCGUACUUUCUCUCUUUGUUACUUAAUAGCCUUACCUCGUACAUAUGAGGUAAAAUUAUAUAAAAUUAAAUCAACUAUAUAUUAGGAAUUUGUGGUAGGUUUUAAAAUAACGACCCAAAUAGAUAAUAAAUUCUUUGUCCAUUUUAGCGGUCAGAAAAAUGAUAUACUAAAGACUAGCUACUUUGUCCGCCAGUCCUAAAGGAAGUCAGUUUUUUCAUGAUGUUCUAAUAUUUGUUCAAUCACAUUUUUCAUAAUUUUCUUGCAUUUUUCUCUUUUAUAUAAAUUUUUUCGGACUAAAAGUUGGGUCACCCAAAAUGCUAUAACUUAGAAACUAAUAGUACGACAGCUGUCAAAUUUAUACACUUGUCUUUUGAAGAUUGAGGCUAACUAAAAAUAAUAUGGAUUAAAUACUAGUAAUGACAUCUAUGUGUUAGCACACAAACUUUUCAGCUCCCUUCAUAUAAAAUUUUAUUGAAAUCAUUAGAAAUGUUUUAAAUACGAGGGCCGUUUUUUCAACCUGCGAUAGGCUAUAAAUAAAAGACAAGUUCAUAUAAAACAAUAAUUUUAUUACCAAAAUAUUGAUAGAUAUCCUUAUGGUUAUUUUUCGUCAUAAUCACCGAACAGAUUGAAACAUCUGUGGACAAGCUUUUUAAUACCCUCUGUAAAGAAAGUUGCCGCCAAUGAACAGUCCUUGAAACUUCUGAAAAUUCCAUAGACAAAGCAGUAAUGGUGAUUUUGCGGUUUUCGUUAAUCAUUCUGUCAAAACUCGUUGAACCAGGUCAUCUGAAACGACAGGUUUGCAUCCUAGGCCCUCUUCAUUAUGCACAUCAUUACGGCCAUAUUUAAACUUUAGACACCAUUCACGCCCAUCACCAUCACUAAUGUGUUUUCCCCAUACACACCUGUUAAUCUCCGAUGGAUUUCUGCUUCACUAUUGCCUUAAGCCUGUAGAAAACGAGUUACACUUCGCAGCGUCUGGAGGAGCGAUCGGAGGCUGAAAAAAACGUCCCUCGUAUUUCAGAUGAUAAUGUUAACAUAUAAAGACAUUUCCUAAAAAUUAUCUAGUUUACACAUUUCAUUUCCUUUUUAACUAUGUUUAUGUUUAUUGAUAAAUAUUUAAUAAUUCCAUAUGAAAAAUGACUUCUUGGUGGAUAGGAGUAGAUACUUAACAGUAUAAGAAAAGACUUUUGCUCUAUGAUCAACACUGUUACGUUAACAAGUUUAUCCAUUAUGAUCUAUAACUUGCUAGUGAUAAAAGUCAUUUAAAUCUAUAUCGAAACUGCCUUGUAACUGUAGAUUUAUAUUUAGUGGUAAUAUUAAAUAUGUUGUUAAUUGUAUUAUGUAUAUAUAUUUUAUUUAUUGUGAAAUAAAAAAAAAUAAAGAGUAUUAUUGAUGAAAAAUUUCUCUA